AUGAACACCCUUUCUACCUAUGUCAUUAAAAACUGCCUUAUUUCCCAAGUUGGCAUUGGACUCUUCACCAACACCUUCCUUCUUCUCUUCCACAUCUUCACACUCCUUCAGAAUCACAAGCCUAAGCCCACUGAACUGACAAUCAGUCACCUGGUCCUGGUCCACGUGGUAAUGCUCCUCGUUGUAGUGUUUUUGGUAUCCCCAGAUCUUUCUGAGUCACUGAAUUAUCUGAAUGACUUCAAAUGUAAAGCAUUUUUCUUUGUGAACAGGGUGAUGCGGGGCCUCUCCAUCUGCACUACCUGCCUUCUGAGCAUGAUCCAGGCCAUCACCAUCAGCCCCCACACCUCCUGGCUAGCCAAGUUUAAACACAAACCCACAGAUUACAUUGUCCAUGUUUUCUCCUUCUCUUGGUUUCUCAGUUUGUCUUCCAGUAGUUAUCUCAUCUUCUACACAGUAGCUUCUCCCAAUGGGAACCAGACCAAUCUGCUGGUUCUCAGUAAACACUGCUCACUUUCUCCUAUGAGCUACAUCAUCAAGGGCUUGUUUUUCACUCUGACAAUAUCCAGGGAUGUCUUCUUGGUAGGCAUUAUGCUGCUUUCUAGUGCAUACAUGGUGAUUGUCUUGUUCAAGCAUCAGAGGCGGUUCAAGUACCUUCACAGCACCAGCCUCUCUUCAAAAGUCUCUCCAGAGAAAAGAGCCACCCAGACCAUCCUGCUGCUGGUGAGUUUCUUUGUGUUCAUGUACUGGGUGGACUUUAUCAUCUCAUUCGUCUCAGUUCUGGUUUGGUCGUAUGACCCCAUUAUUCUGGGUGUCCAGAAGAUUGUAGUCAAUUUCUAUGCCACUGUCAGUCCUUUGGUACUAAUUGUUUCUGAUAAAAGGGUAAUUAAUAUUGUGAAAAAUAUGUGGCAGAAGCAUCAUCAAUUUUUAACAAGUUAUUGA